GCUCCGCUGCGGGGAUGUGACCUCGCACCCACCUGGGGCCCCGGGGAAGGGCGGGUCUGGCCCCGCCUGCAUCGGCCUCUCCCCCCAGUGGGGUCGCCCGCUUGCUCCGUGGCCGCUGCGGGGCUGCCCCACUGUCACCAACCCCGUGCCGCUGCCGAGCAGAGCGUGCGGCCCGCGCCGAUCGGAGCAUGGCGGGCCGUGCGCUGGGCCCGAGCCCAACUCAGGAUGUGCUUCCCUGUACUGGGCACGCCUAGCCCGGCAGGGAGCUAGCCAAGCCGGCGGAGCCUGCCAGCCGCCAGCUGCCCGCCCUCAACGGGGUCUGCCUGCCCCACCGCUCUCAGCGGCGCCGCUGCCGCAUCCGGGCAGAUGCAUCAGCCAAGCCCAAGGCAAACGGGGGAUCGACCCCUCCCAUACCAUUGCCGGUCUGGUCCCCUAGGACUGGGAGAGUUACACUGGUAUAGUAAACUGGGGGAGGGAGAUCGAGUGUUGUCGUUGCGUUAAGGAGAAAGUUACACCGCGUAAACUCUAGCAGACAAACCAGAAUAAGUUACGCCGGUGCAGGUACCUUUGGACCACUGCAACUGAAUCCUGGCUAGGAAUGGGAAAUAGUCCAUCUACUUCAAUGGGAUUGUCUAAUGCUGCCACUGUGAACAAGAUCCAGGAAACCAUUUCGGACAACUGUGUAGUGAUUUUCUCUAAAACAACGUGUGGCUACUGCAAAAUGGCAAAAAAACUGUUCCAGGAUAUGAAUGUAAAUUACACAGCAGUAGAACUAGACAUGUAUGAAAACGGAAGCCAGUUUCAAGACAUUCUUCAUCAAAUGACUGGUGGCAGGACGGUUCCAAGAGUGUUUAUUAAUGGGGCUUUCAUCGGAGGUGCUACAGAUACUCAAAGGCUUCACCAGGAAGGCAAGCUGCUUCCAUUAGUUCAUCAAUGUCAAAUGAGAAGAGCAAAAAAUUCUGAUCUGCCAUGUAGCCUACCUUAGCCUUAGUUAAAGUGCCCCUAUUCUAGAUGUUUGGUACCUACAAAUCCAUCUUAGGCCUCUAAAUAAAUGGCCUUUCAGAAACGCUGAGAACCCACAAGGUCUAAAAUUAGGCCAUUUAUUUGGGAGCCUAACUAUGAAUUCAGGUGCCAAUUGUUAAGCACCCAAACUUGAAAAUUUAGGCCUACGUGUACAGCAUGGUCUCCUAAACUAACUAGGGUUUGGAGCGAAUAAUUCAUCAAUUUGAAAUCAUUUAUCUAACACAGACAUUAUGGCCUUGGGCAAUAGUUAAACCCUCCCUUCCUCAGCUUCACCAUUCAUAAAAUGGAAGUGAAAGCCAUUACCUACCUCACAGAGCUUUUGUGUGGAUUAGUUACUAUUUUUGUUACAGUGCUUUGGAGACAUAAAGGACAACAUGUUUUAAAUAGGUUAAAAAGUGCUACACGAGGUUCUGUGAAAUAGGUGACAAACACAACUAGUGAAAACUUGCACUGCUUAUCACCUUCAAAACCUUGUAGUAUCCUAUUGAUUGUAAUGUGAGUUGGUUUGCUAUAUUUUCUAGCUAAUUUUACUGUCGUGUUGGAACAAAAAAUGACAGUGCAAUUUAGUGUUUCCGAUAAAAUCACGUCAGUCCUGAAGAUUGUCAAAUUAUGUACACUGAAGACACUAAAAAAAACCACUUAAUGUCUUUUAUUCAUAUGAAGUCUGCAGUUAGAGAUUUUAAUUACAUUUCUGCAGAUGUAAAAGUUCUGUUAUUAAAGGCAGUAUCAUGGUAAGCU